AUGGGUGAACGAGCCACCAAGAUUGGCCAUGGCCUGGCCAAGGGCCUCGGUAUCAAGGUCGCCUAUAGAGAUCCCAUGGGCGGUCCCAACGACCCUGUCACCAGAGGCGAGUCGACCUUCUCCGUCGGCACUGUCGAUACCUGUGCCUACAAUGAACCGGAGCCCAGCAGCAUUGAUUGGAUUUGCGAAAUUACUCCGUCCGGAAAGCAAGUGGUCGACUAUUUCGUCAGCUUGUUCCCAUUUCUCAACUGGAUUACUCGUUACAAUGUGCAAUGGCUCAUGGGUGAUUUGGUAGCUGGUAUCACUGUUGGUGCUGUCGUCGUGCCUCAGGGUAUGGCUUACGCCAAGUUGGCUGAAGUGCCCGUCCAAUAUGGACUGUACUCCUCAUUCAUGGGUGUCUUGAUUUACUGGUUCUUUGCGACUUCCAAGGAUAUUACUAUUGGUCCCGUGGCUGUUAUGUCUACCUUGACCGGCACUAUCGUGCUUCAGGUCCAGGCCCAAUAUCCCGAUUAUCCUGCCCACAUGAUUGCUUCGACUCUUGCCGUGAUCCUGGGUGGUAUUGUGUGCUUCUUAGGUUUGAUCCGUCUCGGUUUCAUCGUGGAUUUCAUCCCCCUCCCGGCUAUCUCGGCUUUCAUGACUGGCUCUGCUAUCAACAUUGCCGUUGGACAGGUCAAGACCAUGCUCGGGGAGACUGCAAGCUUUUCCACCCGUGACGCAACCUACCUGGUGAUCAUUAACACCCUUAAGCACCUUCCAACUGCGGGUAUUGACGCCGCUAUGGGUGUUAGUGCAUGUGCGAUGCUGUACCUCAUCCGCUCCGGUUGCACUUACGCGGCAAAGAAGUACCCGAACAAGGCGAAGAUUUGGUUCUUCGCCUCGACUCUCCGUACCGUGUUUGUCAUUCUGUUCUACACCAUGAUCAGUGCCGCCGUGAACUUGCACCGCAAGAAAAACCCCAGAUUCAGUUUGCUCGGCCAUGUGCCCCGAGGCUUCCAGGGCGCGGCUGUGCCGGAUAUGGACCCCAAUAUCAUCAAGGCCUUCACCAGCCAGCUUCCAGCUGCCGUCAUCGUCCUUUUGAUUGAGCACAUUGCUAUUUCCAAGUCCUUUGGUCGUGUCAACAACUACACCAUUAACCCUUCCCAGGAGUUCAUCGGAAUUGGUGUCACCAACCUGCUCGGUCCUUUCCUUGGUGGUUAUCCCUCCACCGGAUCCUUCUCCCGAACUGCUAUCAAGUCCAAGGCUGGUGUGCGGACGCCGCUUGCUGGUUUGAUUACCGCCAUCGUUGUGCUCCUUGCUAUCUAUGCCCUGACUGAGGUCUUCUACUACAUCCCUGAGGCCUCCCUCGCCGGUGUCAUUAUCCACGCUGUUGGUGAUCUGAUUACUUCGCCCAACACUGUCUACCAGUUCUGGCGUGUGUCCCCGCUUGACGUCGUGAUCUUCUUCAUUGGUGUUAUUGUUACUGUUUUCUCAUCCAUUGAAGACGGUAUCUACUGCACCAUCUGCGUAUCUCUCGCUGUGCUGCUUUUCCGUGCCGCCAAGGCCCGCGGUCAAUUCCUCGGCCGUGUUACCAUUCACUCCGUAGUGGGUGAUCACCUGCUGGAUGGUGAUGGCAAAUACGGCUCUCUCGGAUCUAACAAAACCCCCACCGACCACGACGAGCACCACCACCGCUCCAUCUUUCUCCCCACCAACCAUGCCGAUGGUUCGAACCCCGAUAUCGAACUUGAGCAGCCUUACCCGGGUAUCUUCAUCUACCGCUUCUCCGAGGGCUUCAACUACCCCAACGCCAACCACUACACGGAUGCCCUGGUGCGAACAAUCUUCCGUAAUACUCGCCGCACAAACCCGCAUGCCUACGCCCGUCGUGGUGACCGUCCCUGGAACGACCCAGGCCCACGCCCUGGUCGGGAAGCCGCGGAAACCGAAGACACCCGCCCGCUUCUGCAGGCUGUCAUUCUGGAUUUCUCCUCCGUGAACAACGUGGACACCACCUCCGUCCAGAACCUGAUCGAUGUGCGCAACCAGCUGGAUCUGUACGCUUCCCCUCGCACCGUGCAGUGGCACUUUGCCCAUAUCAACAACCGCUGGACCAAGCGAGCUCUCUCCGCCGCCGGCUUCGGUUUCCCCUCCCCAACCUCCAGCGACGGCUUCCACCGCUGGAAACCCAUCUUCAGUGUUGCCGAGAUCGAGGGUAGUGCCUCAGCUGCCGCCCACGCCGAGAUGAUCAACAACCAGCGCGAACAAGCCUUGCGCGAUCAAGAUAUUGAAGCCAACUUCCAAAAGCACACUUCCACCACCGAGCGCGAGACAGAGACUAUUGAGACCACCUCUUCUCAGGACAGUGGUGUCAUCGCGGAGGACAAGCAACUCCAGCACGACCUGAAAGACAGCAAGGCGUACCGCGGUCGUCGCAAGGUUGCUCUGGUGCAGGGUAUGAACAGACCCUUCUUCCACAUCGACCUGACCAGCGCCCUCCACAGCGCCAUUGCGAACUCGUCAGAUGAGAUCCCGGAGAUCCACUAA